AUGGCCCCCACCGCUAUCUCCCCGCCUCCUACUAACCGGGCUACUGCCUCUAGCCUGGGUGGCUACAAAGGCUAUGACUAUGUCCACUGGUAUGUGGGCAAUGCCAAGCAAGCGGCCACCUACUAUAUCACCCGCAUGGGCUUCCGCCGUGUGGCAUACCGCGGCCUCGAGACAGGCAGUCGAGGCAUCUGCUCGCAUGUCGUCCGCAAUGGUGAUAUCACCUUCAUCCUUACCUCGCCAUUGCGGUCCCUGGACCAGCUAGACCGUUUAUCCCCGGAUGAGCAAGAACAGAUGAAGGAUAUCCACAGCCAUCUGGAGCAGCACGGUGACGGCGUCAAGGACGUUGCUUUUGAAGUCGACUCGGUUGACGCCGUCUUCAGUGCCGCUGUGAGCAACGGCGCCAAGGUGGUCUCUCAUUCCCGUGUCCUUGAGGAUGACGACGGCUCCGUGAAGGUCGCCCAGAUCCAAACAUAUGGACAGACAGUGCACACCUUGGUCGAGCGAAAUGCCUACCGCGGUACCUUCCUGCCAGGGUACAAGGCUGUUGACGAAGUGGAUCCCAUCUCGCAGCUGCUGCCUGAUGUGCCUUUGAGCCGCAUCGAUCAUUGCGUUGGUAACCAAGACUGGAAUGAGAUGGAUAAGAUCUGUGAAUACUAUGAGAAGGCUCUUGGCUUCCAUCGUUUCUGGUCCGUAGAUGACAAGGAUAUCUGCACAGAGUUCUCCGCCUUGAAGAGUAUCGUCAUGGCGUCGCCUAACGAGGUUGUGAAAAUGCCCAUCAACGAGCCUGCAAAGGGCAAGAAGCAGUCCCAGAUCGAGGAAUAUGUGGACUUCUACAACGGCGCUGGCGUGCAGCACAUUGCCCUCUUGACAGACGAUAUUAUCCGUGACAUCACCAACCUCAAGGCUCGUGGAGUCGAGUUCAUCAAAGUGCCCGACACCUAUUACGAGACCAUGAGACUUCGACUGAAGCAGGCCGGUUUGACGUUGCAUGAGGACUUUGAGACCAUACGCAGUCUGGAUAUUCUGAUCGAUUUCGACGAGGGUGGAUACCUGCUGCAGCUGUUCACCAAGCAUUUGAUGGAUAGACCUACGGUCUUCAUUGAAAUCAUCCAGAGACACAACUUCUCGGGCUUUGGAGCCGGUAACUUCAAGUCUCUCUUCGAGGCGAUCGAGCGGGAGCAGGAGCUUCGCGGGAACCUGAUCUAG